GUUUCUUUUGCAGUUUGAAAUCUUUAUUACUGUAUCAAAUCGAUCACCUUGAUAAGUUGACUCGUAAUUUUAAAUUUAGGCGUUUAGUCUUUUUCUACUUCCUCCCGCACACUAUUAUUUUUGUCUAUAAUUGGCAGCUGCAAUAUCUUUAUUUGUCCUCUUCUGGUCAGUUUCACAAAACCACUUAAUUCACGGCCAACCCCAAUUGUGGGUAUGCCUCCCUAAUUAUUCAGGACAAGAACAGCAACAAUUAUGUGGGCAUGAACCAUGUUCUGAUGCAACAACAACAAAAGUAGGAUGUCUAAUAGCACGGGUUACUGGGCUAGUUGGCCCAUUCUUGCAUCAUUUAACAAAAGCGCAUGCCUUGGACAGCACAGUGAAACAGACGUUGGACGUGUUCCAUAUAUCUGUGUUACUGCCCCUUUCAAGUUGUACGCUUUUGUUAAUCCAUGCCAAUAAUAGGGUGCUGCUCUUUAGUGUGAGGCAUCGCUGAUGUCGCAGUAAAUGAGUGCAGAGCCGAAGUAAUCACUGAUGCCUGCUGGCCUUUUCUUUCUUUUUUUUUUUUUUACUUAAACGCAAACAGUCCCGAUACAAAGGUCUCGGCGGCUCCACGUUGCGGCGUAGUUGUAUUUUCUUGGUGUGAGAUAGAUUGGAUCAGGCACAGUGUUUCUACUCCCAUGGUCAGGUCGUUGACUCGGUCGCGUAAUGCCCUAUUGUUCUGAUUCUCCGCGCCACUUCGCCAGCCAAUGGAAGCGAUAAGCCGAAGUGAGCUGCGGGGAUUCAAUGCGAAAGAACGUUCAGCCUUUACCUGCCGCAGGCUCGUCAGCGACGUUUUCGCUUAAACAUGUGAUUCCUUCUUUCGUUUCUGCACUAGCGGAUUAGCAUUUACCACAGAAUAGGCCCCCGUAGCUAUAGUGCACGAAACAAAAGUGCAAAUGUGAUUAUUUGUUCAUUUCUGUUGAAGGACAACUCUAAUGCGAAGCGGCCGUACUUACUUGCCUCUGCGUGAACUGCUACUUAAAUGUGGUCAUUUGACAAACCAUCGUUCCUCGACAUUAAUUGACUUAUUGAUAGUUAAAAAGGUCUCAAGAAAAACUACGCAAAAAAGUGGCUCCAAGGGCUUGGCAGAAUCAUGCCGGGGGCUCGUCCGCUGAAGAAUGACCCCCAGUUUGGGGUUGACUCAAGAUGGAGUUGGAUCAACGCGGGCUUCUGCAGUUGGGUGUUGUUCCUGGCUAUGGCCACGCCCCGCGUUACCGGCAUCUUCUUUUACGGUGUCAUCGAGACAUUCAGGGUGAGCAGAGGGGAGGCGUCCUGGUCGGUGUCACUGGCGGGUACCCUGUUGGUGCUAGCAGGCCCAAUAGCUGGCACCCUCUGCCAGCGCUUUUCGUGCCGGACCGUCCUGAUAGCCUGCUCGUCUGUGGCAGGAAUCGCUGCAAGUUUAUGCUACCUGGCAGAAAAUCUUAUAUUUAUCACCAUUUCCUUCGGUAUUGUUCACGGCUGCGCCCUAUGCGGCAUGUACGUCGCUGCCAAUGUCUUGGUGGCGCAGCACUUUGAGAAGCGAAGGGCCAUGGCCUGCAGCCUCGUGUACACAGCGAGUGGCCUCAACAACGUCGUUUUCCCUCCUCUGAUGGAGUUCCUACGCACAACCUACGGCGUUCGCGGAGCGUUCCUGCUGUACGGAGCCAUUCUCCUAAACACGAUUCCAGCUGUCAUCGUCCUUAGAAGCCCGCCGUGGCUCACCAAGCCGACGUGUGCGCCCAGAAAUACGGAACAUGAAGCGGAUGACCCGGGAAAAGUGACAGAUGUUGAGAACACUGCGUCCAGCGAAGACGUCGCGUCAGCGGACGUGUCGAAGAAUUCUUCGUCCUACUCACAAAAUGCGUCAACGUGUAAACACUCAGCGAGCACUUCGAUGAGCACCGAGGGAAUGAGUUCACAGGCCUGUUUGUGUGAAGACAAAAGCGCAGCUAAGAUGACGCAAACUAAGAAAGUUUUAGCAUUCCUAAGACCCAGCCCUACGACUAAGCAGUUCUUGACAUUCUCUUUUCUAGUCCACGGCCUUUCUUUCGCAGCAGUUUUCUUCACCGCAGGCGUAUUCGUCAUGAUACCGGCCGAUCUUGCCAGAGACCGUGGCCUGAAGCCUUUAGAUUAUGUGUAUGUCCUGCAAGCUUUUUCUGCUGCAGACGUCUCAUUUCGAGCAGUCGUUGGCUUCGCCAUCGACUCGCGCAUCUUAUCUAUCGAAUCGUCGAUGCUGCUGGGAUACGUGGUGCAGGGAGUCGCUUACGAGUGGCUCGUGUGGGCUGGGACGCUACCGCCAAUGAUUGCCGCUGCAUUUUUCAUGGGCGCCACCUGCGGUUCGAGACUGUCUCUGCAGGCGCCCGCGUUGGUCCAGGACUUCGGCAUCAGCAUUUUGCCGACGAUGAUGGGCGGAGUGUCCUUCUGCGCUGGUGCAUCGCUUCUCCUGCGACCACUACUGAUCGGUUACUACAGAGACACACUUGGCGACUACACUGGACUGCUGCAUUCAAUGGCUGCCCUCAACGCGUUCUUUGUAUGCUUGUGGACGGCAAAACUUAUUGCGAAGAGGAGGGCGACGAUGAAGUUGAAAGCUAGGGAGAACGAGGAAACAAGCAGAACUGAUUUACACCAAUCUGGAAGUGACAUGAAAUGCAGUGGAGAAUCAUCGGCUACUUGAAGUGCUUCGAGCUGUAGUUUUAGGAAUUUACAUAGUACGGCGCCUAAAAGUUAAAGUACCAGUGACUUUGCUGACAACGCUAAGCUAGACGCCCAAAGGCUGCUGCCAUGGGCGGUUUAUGCUCUUCAAAGGACACAGUUUCUUGCAGAUCAUUAGAGUUAUCGAAUACAUAUAAUAAUUAAAUAUUCCGCAACUGAAUUUUCUAUUUUUGCAAUCACAUUAUGUUUAUAUAUACUAGAAACUUCAAGAAAAUCAUACACAAGAAGAUCGCAAUUUUGUUCUAUUCUUCUAGUGCGCCUGUUUUCCUAUAUAUUCAACACCAAACUUGACACUCAUUGCGAUAAUUUUGCUUUUAGAUGAAAGACACGACACAAGCACUAACUGCCCUUGUGGCGUAGGUCAUUCCGUAUAGCACGCUAUUUUCAAACCCCGUUGAAGCUGAUAACAGCUGAGCUCCUGCUCUUAUCUGAGAAAAACAAGAUUUCCUUGCCCUCCUCAACCGUCUGCGUCGCAUGAAAGGGAGGGGGGAGGGGGGGGCUUUGUGUAGAGAGUACCGCUUCCGAACGUUGAUUACGAAUAUCCUAGAAACAAGAAAAGCGUUCGGGGAGAAUCAAACAUAAUAGGAUUGCCGUCGUAUGCGACUGUCUUGAUACUUGCAAUACUAACGUAUACCAUAACCGCGGAAUUGAAUAAUUUAAUCAAAUAUUUUUUGUUAAUUGUUCAAGGCUAAUAAAAAUCUUUCGCGAA